GUUCGGUUAGUGCGCUGCCACAGGCAUCAUCGUCGUUCGUUCCUUCCUUAUUUUUGUUCCACCAUCAUCGUCAUUAAUUUCGGUUCAAAAACGCGGUUCAAAUACGAACGCUGUCCAGAAAUCCUACAAUUUUAAGAACAUACAAUUACUACAACUUUACUACAACUUUCAACACUUCUUCGUUGUGCUUCGAUUGACACAGUUGGAUUACUUAAAUAAAACAAAACAAUUCAUAAGUAGGAUCAGACAAUAACAAAAAUAAAUCAAGAUGUCUGAUACUAAGAAUAUGCUAUGGGACUACAUGGUCUUCAUAGUGUUCGUUAUAGCCAGCACAUUUGUCGCUGUAUACUCGAGGUUCUUCGGUGCGAAGGAGAAGACCAAAGCUGAUUAUGUUUUCGCAGCCGGUAAAGUUUCCAUGGGUGCCAUGAUGUUGAGUAUAGCUCGAGGAACGCUGGGCGUCAGAUCCUUUCUGGGAUAUCCUUCCGAGCUUUUCUAUCGAGGCAGCGCUAUGUGGGAGACGCUGUACGGGAUGAUCUUAGCUUAUCCCAUAGUCUGCUUCAUCUUCGUACCGGUCUACUUCAGUCUGGGCAUCACCUCCGUUUACCAAUACUUGGAUUUGAGGUUCAAAUCCAGACUGGUCAGGUGUUUGGCUUCGGGAACUUACAUCGUCAGGCAACUCCUCAAUCAAGGUGUCACCGUGUUCACACCUUGCGUCGCCCUUUACACAGUCAUUGGAAUUCCCUAUUGGGCCUCAAUUUUUGGCAUCACCAUCGUCAGCAUCAUAUUCACAAUUCUGGGCGGUUUGAAAGCAGCCAUCCUCGCCGACGUCAUGCAAGGAUUGACCAUGAUCAUCCUCAGCGUUGGCAUGAUGAUUAAAGGAACGAUUGAAGGAGGAGGCAUCACGAAUGUCGUCGAGAAGAACGUCGAAGGUGGACGAAUGGACUUUCUCAAUUUCGAUUUGGAUCCUUCAGUGCGAGUGACGACAAUCUCUGCAGUUCUGGGACAACUGUUCAUGUCCUUAUCAAUCUUCGGAUGUCAACAGAACUUCGUCCAAAGAUACUGCAGCAUGGAUUCG